CCCGCAUACCGAUUGCCAGCCGGCUCGUUCUCUGCGGCGGUCCGCACAGUUCUACUAAUAGACUCUGAAAUUUUCCUUUCUAGUGGAAAUCGACUGUUUUCGUUGCUUCUUGUUGCCACACUCUAUUUCUCCAGCUUCAAUAUGAGCAGACGAAAAGGCUGCACAGAUCGUCAUACAACUCCCUACAAUCAGACUUCCACGAUCAGUGUAGCAGCUGAGUGUUGGACUUCUGUUGCUGCGCCGUCGCGGCCUCGGCCGUUUUCUCCUCAUGCACGUAGCCGCUCCGCUCCGCUCCCACUUCCAGUCCAGUCUCGCUCCCGCAUUCACCCUUCCCCAGCACUCAAAUUUGGGACAUGUUCAAGGACGCGUCCGGUAGUCAAUAACAACCCAGGUCUGCUUCACGACAACGUUGAUGGGCACCUUGCGUAGCCCUUUUUCUACAGAUACCGUAAGAACCAGAUGGUGGUGUAAUAGCACUUCGUCAGCAGGAGCUGACUCACAGCCCCCGUGCCGACAUCGAGCCACUUCAGUGUUCGAGAAUUUGGAGAACAGAUGGAUGGAAGGCUGCAACCUGACUACAGU